AUGCUCGUCCUCGCCUUAUACUACCUCUUCGAUAUCGCCCAUGCCGGUCAUGUGCCUCGCCAAAGCAGCAGCGGGGGAGGACUGCAGAUGUCCAUCAUCAAUCAGUGUUCCGACACGAUAUGGCCAGGUCUUGUAACACAAGGAGGAGGCGGGCCUUCAACCGCUGGGUUUGAGCUCACUUCCGGAAGCAACAAGACAAUCAACGUGGGAUCGGACUGGCAAGGGAGAGUCUGGGGCCGUACAAAUUGCACCUUCAGUGAUCCAAACCAACCUGGUGGGUGCUUGACAGGAGAAUGUGGCUCUCUGAAUUGCAUACAAGCCGGAAAUCCUCCAGCGACAUUGGCAGAGAUCACGAUGGACGGAGGACAAAGCCAGACUUUCUAUGAUAUCAGCCUGGUGGACGGAUACAACCUACCAAUGGCGAUCGUGCUCCAGACGAACGGCAUUAGCAGCCUGAACAGCCUCAAACCCAGCAGCACGAAUCCUUCAUGUGUUGGGAGUGUGAACGACUUUGCGGCGCAGAACUUUCAACCAUACAACAACCAUCAACAAUUUCUUGGCACCAACGCAUCCGAUCCUCUGAACUUCGAAAAUCAGACCACCGCAUCGCAAGUCGCACAGUGGUGUCCCUGGGAUCUUCAAGUGAAUCCGCCGAAAGCGCCUGGCGACGGCGUUUAUCCCUACCCAGACAGCAACGUCGAACGACCUCCCUACAAUCCUUGCUUUUCCGCUUGCGCAAAGUAUACGACAGCCCAGUAUUGCUGCACAGGAUCCCACAGCGGAGAAGGCAACUGCUCGCCGAACUACUACUCCAAAGUCGCCAAGCAGAUAUGUCCCGAUGCAUAUUCCUACGCCAACGAUGACCAGGACAGCACCUUCAUCGUUCCGAAAGGCGGCGAGUUCAAUGUCAUCUUCUGCCCUGGAGGUAGGAGUACGACCAUCAUCGCAAACAACCAGAAGGCUGGAUCUUCCGGAAGCAGUGCCCCAGCCGGCUCGAGGCCUGCUCUUGUAUUCGCGGCAAAGUCAUUGACUGACGGCAUGUUGUGGAAAGGAGUCUAUGUUGGAUUUUGGUUGUUUGUACUUGGCAUUGGCAUACAUGUGUAA